UUCAUUUGUGACACUUUGUAAUAAUUGUAUUAACUAAUUCACUCCGUCACCUGUGUGUACAUACUUAUUUUCUACUUUAGAAAUAAUCUUCAAAAUGAAUUACUCAAUUUUUCUCAACAUUUUCUCAUCACUAAUUUACUUCUCAUACGGUGCUCGAGACGUGGAAUAUCCGCCCCAACAAUUUUUCCCUGUCGACGUGAGCAAUGUGACCUGGGCGCAUGGGGUCAAUUCUCAAGAAGCCUUAACCCAAACUCUGGCCGACCCUUCGAUCCGAAUGAUCGAAUGCGACCUUUCUCGUGGCUGGUUGAAUAUCUCAGGAGUAAUUUCUGGAUGGGAAAUGGUGAUCAUGGCGCACCCUCCCGCAACCACUUCGGACCUCUCGUUCAACUCCUUCCUCGACCAAGUGAUUGAAUUCAACAAGGGAAAAUCUCUCGAAGACAUGAAAGGUGUCAAGUUGGACUCGAAAGACUAUUAUUCUGCAGCAUUUUCAAUCUUACGACUUCGAGGACGAAACGAAUCAGAACCAUUGAAAUUUCCGGUCUGGAUAAAUGCCGACGUGGUGCAAGGAAAUUCGCAAAGUUUGCCAAAAGUUGGGGGUGUUGAUUUGCUAAAGUUGCACAAUAUUAAUUUGCCAAGCUCAGUUUUGUCGCUCGGAUGGACGACGAAGUGGGAUGAGGGGGAUAUUGGCAAAGGCUACUCUCGGGAAGAUAUGGAUGAAAUGAUCCAAGUUUUUCGCAACUUUUCGUCAAACCCGAUAAGAACAGAGAACCUUCCAGUGACAUUUGCAGUGAGGGCGGUUUUGGCGCAGAAUUCCUUGUCGAAUUUGCUCUAUCUUCUUAACGCCACGUCGCAACGGUCAUCGCUCACGUUGUGGACGGGAGCGAGCGACCCUAAGGUUGACUUGGCCCUGAUUGCUGAUAUGUUCAAGGUUGUCGGCAGACACCGAGUGUUCGUCGACCUCCCGUAUGAUGAUUGGAAAACGAGUUUAGGAAACGGGAUGCAAAUUACGAAUUGGGUUGUUUUAGUUGUCGCCAGUAUUUCGGUUUGUUUGAGGCUUUCUAGUUAAACCUUAUAAUGAAGUGUUAAGAACUAUAAGAAGGAGUGAAAAUCAAUAAAGUAUUUAUGGACUUAUUGUAGAUUUUAUAGCUAAA